UAUAUAGAUAUCCACCACCCCUUCAAAGAGCUCCAAGCCCCAUCUAACUGCAUCCCACUGGUCUCCCUUUGCUCCAAGAUGGCACCAAUGCUUCAAGCCUUCUGGACCCAGAUUAUCUCCCACCUCCAGAUAUCCGACCUGGCCGUGGCGGCGCUCGUUCUCUUCGUCUUCAGCGCCGUGGCCCAGCGGCUCACCACCAAGGGCCCCAUGAUGUGGCCGGUUCUUGGCGCGCUCCCUACUCUCUUCUUUCACCUCGGCAACGUCUACGACUGGGCCACCGACUCCGUCACCCGGGCCGGCGGCACCUUCCCGUACCGCGGCAUGUGGUUCUGCAGCGCCUACGGCGUCAUGACCGUCAACCCGGCCAACAUCGAGUACAUGCUCAAGACUCGCUUCUCCAACUUCCCCAAGGGCCGCUACUACCGCGAGCGCUUCGUCGACUUCCUCGGCGAUGGCAUCUUCAAUGCCGACGACCAGACCUGGCGCCACCAGCGGCGCGCCGCCACCGCCGAGAUGCACUCCGCCCGCUUCACCGAAUACUCGGCCGACACCAUGCGAGAGCUCGUCCACCGCAGGCUGCUCCUGCUGCUCGAUAGGCUGUCGGCGGCCGGGCAGACCGUGGACCUCCAGGACGUGUUCCUCCGGUUCACCUUCGACAACAUCUGCACCGCUGCUUUUGGGGUCGACCCGGGCUGCCUCGCCGUCGACCUGCCGGCGAUCCCCUUCGCCAAGGCUUUCGAGCAGGCGACGGAGCUCACGCUGGUCCGGUUUACCGUGCCACCGUUCGCGUGGAGGAUAAUGAAGUAUCUCAACAUCGGCUCGGAGAAGCGGCUCAAGGGUGCCGUCCAAACUGUCCACAAGUUCGCUGAGAAGACCGUGUCGGACCGGCGAGCGGAGUUCCGAAUGCUCGAAGGAUCGAAUGAGAGGUCCGAUCUCCUGUCGAGACUAAUGGAGGCCGACCUCAAGGACGGCGCCGGCCAAGGCGGCAUGGAGUGCAAAUUCUCGGAUAAACUUCUCAAAGACUUCUGCAUCAGUUUCAUACUGGCCGGCCGGGACACCAGCUCGGUUGCACUGGCGUGGUUCUUCUGGCUGCUGCACCGACACCAUCAAGUGAAGGAACGAAUUCUCGAUGAGAUAUGGGAGACCAUCAAAAAGCGGCAGGAGUACGAAGUCUGCCACGGGGUCGACGACAUCGUCUUCACGGUCGAAGAGCUUAAAGGGAUGGAGUACCUCCAAGCAGCGUUGUCGGAGUCCCUUCGACUGUAUCCGUCGGUGCCGCUCGACUUCAAAGAAGCGCUGGAGGACGACGUUUUGCCGGAUGGGAGCGUGGUGAAGAAGGGGGCGAGGGUGAUGUACUCGAUAUACUCGAUGGCGAGGAUGGAGGGGAUAUGGGGGAAGGACUGCAGGGAAUUCCGGCCGGAGAGGUGGAUGAAGAAUGGGACGUUCGUGGCGGAGAACCCGUUCAAGUAUGCGGUGUUCAACGCCGGGCCGAGGCUGUGCGUCGGGAAGAAGUUCGCGUACACGCAGAUGAAGAUGGUGGCGGCGUCGAUACUGCUGAGGUACCAUGUGGAGGUGGUGGAGGGGCAGGAGGUGAAGCCCAAGCUGAACACCACCUUGUACAUGAAGAAUGGGCUCCGGGUUAUCUUUAAGAGGAGAGAGGGGUUGGCCACUCUGCAGUGAUUGGUGUUCGGAGAAAUUUGUAAUGGCAAUAUCCAAAGAAUUAUGCAAAUAUGUGAAAAAAUCUACUAUUCAAUGUCUAUAUUAAUAAAAUCUUGAAAAUUGUUAGUCACCUCCUUAUAUAUAUAUGGAAGAAAAAA